AAAGCCCAAGUGUUCAUAAAAACCCGAACUGGCCCAACAUCGCAAUUUCCAAUUAUAGUUGACGACAAAUCGAUCUAUCGUUAGAUCAAGAUACUGUUGUUAACCGAAAAUAAAAAUUUCCAAAUUUUGAUACAAUUCAAUUUCAAAUCUCAUUAUCUACAGAAAACAGAUUUGAUAUAAAAUGGGGUUUUUGGUGACAACGUUAAUUUUUGUUGUGAUUGGAGUUAUUGCAUCUUUAUGUGCCAGAAUUUGCUGCAACAGAGGCCCUUCAACUAAUUUGUUACACAUGACAUUGAUAAUUACCGCUACAGUAUGCUGUUGGAUGAUGUGGGCAAUCGUGUACCUUGCACAGUUGAAACCACUCAUCGUUCCAGUUUUGAGUGAAGGAGAAUAAGAUGAUCUUGGAAGCUCACAUCAUGUAUUUUUUGUGGAUUAUUGAGUGAAGGCAAAUACUUUCUGGCAUGUUGAAGUCAUAUUUGUAUCACUAUUUAUGUACUUGUCAUUGAUGCAAGACAAAUUUGAUUUCAUUUUUUUUGUAUAAUAUUCACAACUUAUUUUCUAGUUCCACAUCAUCUUAGAGUGAUUCUGGCAAGAAAUAAUAAGCGUCGGGAAGCUAUUGCAUUCCUUUUUUAUCAAGGCAUUUGUCAACGAGGAUUCAUAUAGCUGAUCCCAUCCUGUUUGGGAUUGAGGCAUAAUUGUUAUUUUUAUUGUUGUUGUUAGUGUAUUUGUUUAAAAUCCUGGUCGUGGAAUGUAUUUGUAAUUUUAUAGAUGUGUUAAUGUGAGA